CAGGGGAAAUUAUUGUUCGUCCGUUUGCGCCGUACGAAGACGACGGUCCCCGACGAUCGCCACCACCACCGCAAAAUUAUAUGCGAUCUCGUCCACAGAUGACGAGGCGGCUGCGAUCUACCGGCCAAACAAAUCCGACGACGGUCUUAUUGAACCGUGAUAAGUAGUUCGUGUGCGUGUGCGUGUGUGUUUUUUCAUCGCUGUCAUUAUUAUUAUUAUCAGGAACGUCGGCGACAGGCUACUGGCUAGCAGACUGAGACGGCAGUGCAGUCCACCACAGACGACGUUAGCUAGGAUUUCGAGUCUCCCCUUUAACCGCGCGUAACGGUGGAGGAAAAAAAUCGUCUACGUGCAAAAUCGUUCGCGAAUUCGUUUCCGGGCGUUUGAACAGGUAGAUUUUUUCUCCAUUACGCUCGUUAAAACCGCCCAGGUAUAUAGUCCGCCUGGCAGUGCUAAACGACCGGAGAGAGAAGUAGAAACGAAAACCGCUCACCGCUCAUACGCGAAAAAUCGUCUGCGAUGGCCGGUCAAACAAUACAAGAUAGACUGCUGGCUGCCCGACACAGUUUAGCUGGACAAGGUCUGGCCAAAUCCGUGUGCAAGGCCACCACCGAAGAGCUGAUCGGACCGAAAAAGAAACACUUGGACUAUUUGAUACACUGUACUAAUGAACCAAAUGUGUCAAUCCCUCAACUAGCCAAUCUAUUAAUUGAACGGUCACAAAAUGCCAGUUGGGUGGUAGUAUUUAAAUCAUUAAUCACGGUUCAUCAUUUAAUGUGUUAUGGAAACGAGAGAUUUACGCAGUAUUUGGCAUCCAGCAAUAGUUCCUUUCAACUUAGCAAUUUUUUGGAUAAAAGCAGUUUACAAGGUUAUGAUAUGUCACCAUUUAUUCGACGUUAUUCAAAAUACUUAAAUGAAAAAGCUUUAUCGUAUCGUACAGUGGCAUUUGAUUUUUGUAAAGUUAAAAGAAGCAAAGAAGAUGGAGUAUUACGCACUAUGAAUUCAGAAAAGUUGUUGAAGACAUUACCAGUUCUACAGUCACAACUUGAUGCUUUACUUGAAUUUGAUUGUUCUGCUGCUGAUCUCACUAAUGGUGUUAUUAAUAUGGCAUUCAUGUUGUUAUUUCGUGAUCUGAUCCGAUUGUUUGCUGGUUAUAAUGAUAGUAUCAUUAAUCUUUUAGAAAAAUAUUUUGAUAUGAACAAAAAGCAAUGCCGAGAUGCUUUAGAUUUAUAUAAAAAGUUUCUUAUUAGAAUGGAUCGUGUAGGAGAAUUUCUCAAAGUUGCAGAAAAUGUUGGAAUUGACAAGGGUGAAAUACCCGAUCUCACUAAAGCCCCGAGUAGCUUAUUGGAUGCAUUAGAACAACAUUUAGCUUCUAUUGAAGGCAAAAAAUCAGCAGCAAACACUCCUACACAAGCAACGAGCACUCAUCGGACAGAUGUAAAGACUGGUGUAUCUGCCCUUUCUUCCACUAGCAGCUCUUUUGGAACAAUUGCCCAGCAAUCGGAUGGAGUUGAGGAGUCAUUGAAGCAAGCAGUUUUGGCUGAAGAAGAAGCUGUUUUAAACCAAUACAAGGCCAAAGUCAACAGUCCUGUGAAUGGUACAAUCGCUUCAGUCAACAAUCCAUUUUUAGUUUCAUCUGAGCCUAUUGUAGACUUGUUUUCAUGUCCAGCUCCGGCUACACAGACGUCAACGAAAGCUUCAGAUGAUUUACUUCAAUUAAGUAAUCCAUUUGCUGACAUGUUUUCCACUCCAAUGACAGGAUCACAAACAAAUGCUUCGAAUGAUAUGUCUACUCCUCUUGCUAAUAACUGGAUGAGUAAUGGAUUUAAUACAAAUAGUAAUGCAUUUGUUGAUGAUAAAUCAUUUACAUCUGUUUUUGGUCAACCUGAAUCCAACCAAUCAUGUCCUGCUCCUACUGCUACAGCUGCGUGUUCUGGGACAUCUUUUAUUUCCUCAAAUGUUUUUUCUGAUUCGAAUAUUUUUGAAUCAAGUCCUCCAUCUGUUGAAAAAUCACAAUCCAGAAAAUCUAGUGGGGCAUCAAUACCUCCACCAAGACCUCCUCCACCUUCUACUAUUCUUCCAUCAUCUAAUCCUAAUCCUGUUUCGGAUUCGGCAGCAGAUAUUUUUCUUCCUCAAAGCGUCCCUCAACCUAUAAAUGGAUCUCCUGGCAAAACCGAUUUGGCCGCACUUGCUUCAGGUGCAUCUGAUUCAGGUAAUAAAAAGGUAUUAACUGGAGAUUUAGAUAGCAGUUUAGCAUCAUUAGCAGAAAAUCUUACUAUCAAUAAAGUUACACAACCGCCACCAGUUCAAUGGAAUUCUCCUAAAAAUACUCCAAAACCUGGUAAUGGUCAACCAGGGAUGGGUUGGAGCCCUCAGCCUAUGGCCGCUACAACUGGUGCAAAUUAUCGACCAAUGGGUCAAGGAAUGAUGUCCAACCCUUCACCAUUUGUAUCAACAUAUGGUCCAAUGGGUGUACAACCCAGCUGUAUUGGUGGUAGUGCAGUAGGUGGUGGUAAUCUUGGAAUGACUGCUCCUUCCAGUACUCAGAGCUCUCAACCACAGCCUGUCUUAGAUCCUUUUGGUUUAUAAGGAAAUAAACUGGGACUGAAAAAGUGAAAUGUACAGAGUUUUUAUUGCACACAUUAUAAAGGGUUCACAAAAUAAGUAUCAUCGUUGCAACAAUCCUCGUGCCAUAAUUUCAAACUCUAAAUUGGCAAAAUGAAUAUAAUUUCAGGUAUUACUGUUAUUUAGCUAAAAAUCUAUUAUUUAUACUUAUACUGUUAAAGUAUAAAAAUAAAAUAAUGCCCAAAAUAAUUUCUGCCUAUUUUAGCCUAAAUUAUUUUAAAUUAAACAUAAAGUAUUAUAUUUAGAUUAUUACUUAAAAAUAAGCAAACUCUAGCUUAGAGAUAAGAAAUGUGUGUUCUAUGAAAAAGAGAUUGUUCCUUUAGGAAUAAAGUAACAGUUUUAGUUUAUGAUCUUGUUAAGUUUUUUUAACUUAAUAUUAAGUGCAAUAUAAAAUAAAAUUUGAUUUAAAUUAUAUCCUAUUCGUUUACCUCAUGAAUAUCUAUUAAUUAAAAAAUAAAAAAAUAAUAUACUAUGUAUUUUAUAAUGAAUAAUAUUAUUUAUAAUAAUAUAACAUACAAUGUUAAACAGACAAUAUUAUAAUAUUGUUAAUCCAUUUAAGAGUUAUAUAGCUGUAUAACUAUUUAAUAAAAUUACAUUCUCUAUCAGAUAUACUUAGAUAAUCUAAUUAAAGUAGGUACUGUGAAUUAUAUACAAUAUAUACAAUAAUAUAAUUGUAAUAUAUUUAUUUUUAUCAAAUUAAAAUAAAAUAAAUACUCCCAUGUCGGUAAAAUUACUAUAUAAUAUAGAAUAUAAUAUGUUAUAAGUAAAUUAUCAUUAUUGAAAAACUUGUAUCAAAUUUAAAUAGGUUCAUGACAUAUACAGUGUUUUAGUGUACAGUAUCGGUUCAAACAAAAUCAUAUCUAAAUUGUUACAAAAAUAUGUAAUUAUACAUCAGUUGUUACCUAAUUUUUAUUUUGUAUGUUAAAUACUAAAAUUAAAUACAAAAUUUGGAUACGAUUUUGAGUGAACAUUUUAGAAGUAUUGGAUAUUAGUUUGUCUAAUAUAAAAAGUGAUAAUUGAAUGGUUGGAAAUUCUAUAAUAACAUAGUGGAAUAAAUAAAUAUAUAUUUAUUUUUUUUUUUUGUCAAAAGUAAUAUCAUACCCUUUAUAUUUAUGCAGAAAUAUAAUAUUGUUGUAUUCAAUUCUUAUUUAUUUAAAAUUAUCAAUAUUUUUUUUAUUAUUAUUUAUUUAAUUUUAAAUUCCUUAUAUAUUAUAUUGAUUAUACAUAUUGUUAGUUCUAACAUAAACUCAUCACUGUGGUUUUUUUUGUUUGAAAACAAUAAAUUAUUGUGAAAUUAUGUAACCGACAAUUAUUGUUUAUGGGUAUAUUGCAUAAAUCAUAUUAGGUUUAAUUUUGUUUUAUUUUCAUUUUUUUGUUUGUAUUCUUUCAAUUAUAUUAUGUUACCUUCCAUUUAGAAAUUCAGUCCAUUUUUAUAAAUACAUGUUUUUAUUAUUACGGAUUUAUUGUGAUGUUAUUUUAACAGAAAUCUUGUUAGUAUAUUUUAUUUUUGGCAUCACCUUUAGUUACUUUUUUUAUUAAUUUGCAUGUGAUAUAUAAUUUAUGACUUUUGUAUAUUUAUGUUACUUUACUUAUUUAUUUUGUAAAAUGGCUUUGGUUUCGUUAAAGUUAAAAUUAAUUUUUACUAUGGCGUUAAUUAUAAUAAACAUUCCAAAAUAAAAUUAAUAACAAUAUAAUAUAAUUUAUAAAUUAUAAUAUUAUCAUUAUAUCUUUGUAAUUAUUAUUGUAAUUAGUGUAUUGGCAUGUAGAUACACAAAAUAUAUUAUUAUUAUUAUUAUA